GCCUAAGGAGGGAGGGGGGUAGUUCUGGAGUCGGUAGCACAGGAGACGGAGAAAACACAGAAGCUCCGUUGUUAGCUUUGUUCGCAUCGAACAGUCAAAUCUGAAUAAAAUUGGUAGUCUCCAAAGACACCGACACAGCACAAGAAGCAGAGGAGAGAGGAGUUCGCCAGUCGUCCAGUAGAGGGUACAGGCAGGUGGUUUUGAACUUCUUCGCAUAAAAGGGGAAUCAAUAAUCAUACAGCAGAGCAAAGUGAAAAGGAAAACUAAUUUCAAACGAGUCGGAUCAAAAAGAAACCUGGACUGUAAAUGGACCUUGGGUUGUGAGGGGUAUUUUACCAGGUGAUUUGAAAGAAAAACAAAACUCUAAAUCUUCCUGUUAAUGCUAACUGCCGUGAAGACGCGAGUUCCUAGGGAAUGUGGGGAGAGCGUACUGUGACGGAGAGAAGACAUGGACAAUGAAAUUGACACUGACUAGCAUUAUUUACACCCUACAUUGACCGCUCUUUACAACUUAAACAGCAGUUUCAGGAGUAUAUCACGAAUACUUUAAUGGAGAGGUGGAUUACAAUCAUCUUGGUUUUAGGCGGUGUGGUAUUGAGGCCGACCAGCACUCAAAACACCAUACCUGAAACAGUGUUAAACUGCUGCGAGGGGGAUGUCCUGUUCCUGCUGGAUUCUUCAGGCAGUGUCUCAUCCUACGAGCACUACCACAUGAUCAGGUUCCUCUCUGACCUGCUGCAGCCGUUUUCUCUGGGACCCGACCAGGUGAGGGUGGCGCUGAUGCAGGUGGGCACCCGGCCACGCCUGGAGUUUGGGUUUGAGGCCCACAGCACCCAGCACACCCUACAGGGGGCGCUCUUGGGCACCACACCGCUCCAGGGAGACACAAACACAGAGCUGGCCCUGAGACUGGCCCAGGAGCAGGUGCUGGUGCCGGGCGGGGCGGGCGGGGCCCGGGCAGGGCUCCCCAGGGUGCUGGUGUGGCUGACUGACGGAGUGCAGCCUGGGGCCGUGGAGGGGCCCAUGGCCGCGCUGCGAGAGGAGGGCGUGGCCAUUCUGGCCGUCUCCACGGGACACGGGAACUACCAGGUGCUCCAGAAGGUGGUGACCCCGCCUGAUAGCUCUCACCUGCACUUUGUAGACAUUGACUACAUGAGCAUCAUCACCAAGGACCUGAGAAACGCUAUCAUUGAGCUGAUCCGGGCGAAGCGUCUGCAGGUUCGAGACGUGACCUCCAGCAGUGCGGUGCUGCAGUGGCGGCCCGUCUUGAGCGAGGGCACGGGCUUCUACACCGUUCAGUUCGGGCCGUUCGGGACGGAAGGAGGUGGUGAGGGGGGUCAGGGCACCAGCACCAGCACCAGCGGGGGUCAGUUCAGCCGGCUCAUCCGCCCGGGCGACUCCACCUGGGCCGAACUGACCAACCUUCGCCAGGACACCAUGUACAUGGCCACACUGGUGCCCGAGUCCAACCUGGAGGUCCUGAAGCCCCUGUCUGUCACCUUCACCACUCUACCUGAGGUACUGAGUCCCACCAUGGUCACAAUCUCCGAGUCAAACACCAGCAGCGUGAAAGUGAGCUGGGGGCCCCUGCAGCUGAACUCGGUGCAGAGGUACCAGGUCGAGUAUGGCGCCAUCCCGAGGGGGGAGGUCCGCAUUGCCACCACGGGUCCAGACCAGAGCUCCCUGACUCUAUCCCAGCUGCAGCCCAACACAGAGUACCUGGUCACAGUCAGUGCUCUGCACUCCACUGGCAGGGAGAGGGCCAUGUCUGUCAGAGUGUGCACUCACGAGGAGCUUCCCGCCUUAAAAGAUUUGGAGCUGACGACAGUUGGAAGUGACUCCGUCCAAGUCCGUUGGCGAGGUGGCAUGGAGGGGCUGCAGGGGUACUGGGUGAGUUGGGAAGGGGGCAGCGGCUUCUCUGGCCGCACGUCCUCUCUCUACCUGCCCCCAAGCUCCCUCUCCACACUACUGACCCAUCUGCCCCCCGCCAGCCGGAUCUGUGUCUCGCCUGUAUACAGGACGGCCCGCGGAGAGGGAUUGUGCUGCACUGCAGAGACUUACUCAGGGGCCACAGGUCAUACAGUUCUGCCUGAGCACACAGGAGCUGGACUGCAGUGGCGCAGUGGUUGAGCAACCCAUGCCAAAGCAGAGGAGACUGAGAACCUGACCACCACCAUCAUCAGCCUUCUUGCAUCAUUCCUCCACUUCCUGCCAUAAAAAAACCUGUGUGUUUAAUGUCAUUAUUAAAAACGGGUGCUCAAUUCACCUACAAACACGCAGACACACUGCCAUUGCAAGCAAGGAAAGGGUCCAGGAAAGUUUUGUUUUCACUUAUAGACAUCAAGGGAAGAAAGCAUUCCCAAGGCACUUAAUCCCUAUGGGGGAUAAUGCGUGUGGCAGACACUUUAGUCUGAAUACUGUAUUGUUGCUCCUGGAGAGCGACAUUCCAGUGAUAGGGGAACCUAUUCUCUCACAAACAACACUGAACCUACCAAUAGGAGUAGUCUCCUUUCUUUUAUGCAUUUAAUGAUGUAUGUUGCACAUGUUUUUCAUGCUACAGUCUUAGAGGCACUGUUGAUAAGUAAGACUAAAAUUAUUCGAAUGAGAAUUAUUGAGAAUUACCUUGUGUCUGCUGCCCUCCUGUGGCCUCAUACAGUUUAUACAGCAGUUUUCAGCAAAUAUAUUACAAAUGUUACAAAUGUUAUUACAAAUGUUAAGCUAGCCAACUAUCUGGAAUAAACACACUAAUAUGUAGGUACUGUAUGGAUAUGAAUAUUAAUACAUAUAUUUAUAACAGAACACUAUUCAUGUGUAAUCGCCUUUCGGGUAUAAUGUUGUGUUUUAGAUUUGUAUGUUGUUUUUUUGCAAUUUGGGUGUUUUUGCUAUUUGUGUAAAAAUAAUAAAGAAUGAUGUGAACAAUU